UUGCACUCUGCAUUUCACGGAGAAGAAACAAAACCCUCAAAAAUCUUAAAGGAACAAACUGCAAACAUGUCCUGCGCUGCAACGGUCUUAAACUCCCCCAUAUUUUCUCCAAGAGUUUCCUCAAUCCUCUGCAAAUCCUCGACCUCCUGCUCUUCUCCUAGAGUCCUCCAUGGCCUACCACCAACCCCAUCACGAUCAUCGUCAUCUUCAGCACCACGACCACCAUCACCGUCUUCAUCGUUACCCUUUUCAGUCCGCUUUGAUAAACAGAUAAAUGGGACUAGUAGUAACAAGAAGGAGUCUUUGGGUUCGGUUGGGGGCGCAGUUUCGAAGAGGAAAAGGCCGGCGAUGCUUGAUAUCCCGCUGGUGCCAUCGGGUUUUGACGUUGAUACGCCUAGAGGUGCGGAGAGAGUAGUGGACGUGGUGGACGUUGAAGAUGAUGGGUAUGCGCUUUAUUGUAAGAGAGGAAGAAGGAGAAUGAUGGAGGACCGCUACUCGGCUGUCGUUGAUCUUCAUGGAGAUUCUAGACAGGCUUUCUUUGGUGUUUUUGAUGGACACGGGGGUGCAAAUGCUGCUGAAUUUGCAGCGGAUAACAUGGGUAGGUAUAUAAUGAAUCAAUCGAAAAAGAUAUCUCAGGAAGAAAUUGUGGAAGCAGUCAGAGAUGGUUACCUGACCACGGAUGCCGAAUUUAUGAAGAAGCAUUCUGGCGGUGGUACAUGCUGUGUGACUGCUUUGAUACAAGAAGGUAAUCUUGUGGUCUCAAAUGCCGGCGACUGUCGUGCGGUUAUGAGCCGAGAAGGAGUUGCUGAAGCCCUCACAUCUGAUCACCGGCCCUCCAGGGAAGAUGAAAAGGAGCGAAUCGAAACCCUGGGUGGCUAUGUGGAUUGUUACCAGGGUGUUUGGAGAGUACAGGGGUCUCUUGCUGUAUCGAGAGGAAUUGGAGACCGACAUCUCAAACAAUGGAUUACGGCAGAACCAGAGACAAGAGUGUUAAGGAUUGAGCCAGACUGUGAGUUCUUGAUUCUAGCCUCCGAUGGUCUUUGGGACAAGGUUAAUAAUCAAGAGGCAGUAGAUGCGGUUCGCCCUUUGUGCAUGGGAGUAGAGAAGCCGAUGACGGCUUUUGCUUGUAAAAGGCUUGCUGAGCUAGCAGUAAUAAGAGGCUCCAUUGAUGAUAUAAGCGUGAUGAUAAUCCAAUUAGGCCAUUUUUGAUUCAUGAUUUCGCUUAUAGUUGUCCUGCAAGUGGUUUUUAGGAGAAACUUGCAGCUUGUUAUUAAACCUCUGCUAGGAUUUUCCCAAAAAAAAGUGUAGAUCUUAGUAUUAGUAUUAUGCUUGCACUUGCAAUA